AUGGACAGAAUCGUGCUCACGGAUGAGUUCUCGCACUACCGAGAGGUGACGGUCACCAUCGAGACGCGCGGACCGCGCUGGCGCCGCCGGUUUGCCAAGCGGCAGCAGCGGAAAUGCGACGCCCAAGUGUCGACGCCUGGCCUCCUGCAUGCGAUCCACGAGUUUAUGGUCGAGCACGCGCCGAGCGAGCCGCUCCUCACUGCAACCAUGGCGCGCUGGCAGCGCGAUGUGCGCGCGCGGGUCGGCGACCUCGUGCUGCGGCCAC